UGCUUAUGCUGUCGAACGAAGUCUCUCUCUCUCUCUCUAGGGUUGCGUAUAACGUGGUUUUUGUGAGCACUGCAAUAAGAUGCCAGAGACGGACUUUCAGUUCAACUUGCUCAAACCAGCGCUCUUCAGAGAAUAGAAGAGAGGCGCCUUCCUCAGUUCUGCACUGCCGUAGAGGAGCGCGUCGACGCCUCACGGAGGGAGGUGGAGAGAGAGAGGAGAGAUGAGAGAAUGGAAGACGGAAGACAUGAGGGAGACGGAGCUUUCCUGUUCUCUAGACGGGGAUUGGAGAAAGAGGAAUUUCAGGAAAAGAGAGAAGAGGACGGGAUGUUUUCUCGAAGUUGGCAGAGAAGAGGAGGAGCUCAUGGGAGACGUGGAGAAACGCAGUGCUCUGCUUCGACCACCCCUUUUAAACAACAGCUGGAGAGAGCGCGAUAUUCGGAUGCGUUUCUUUUUUUAUCACUUUUUUUCAAUUUUUUUCAAUUUUUUUGAGAUUAACGAGCUGAUUUUUUUGACAUUUUUUCGCACAUGCGAGGACGAAGCAUCGCAGAAGAAGCUGUGCGACUUUGCUCACCGGCGCCGUGCUGCUGCGACUCAGCUGUCUUCGGCGCGGACGAAUUUUCCUUCUUCCUUUCCACUUCCUCCCUUUUCGUCUUUCUGUCUAUCAUUCUGCUUUUCUCCUCUCCUUCUUUCUCGGUUUCUUCUCCUCCACCUGAUACACCUGACGGCUCUUUUUUUUCCAGCGGCCGCCCUCCCGAAGACGAGGGAGGCUGUUUCACAGGACACAGCAGAGAGAGGAGGCCGACACAGGAGGAUCACGCGAAGAAAACGGAGAGAAACGGUAAACGCAACGACGAAAGGAACAAGAAAACUUAAAAAUGUGGAAGACAACAGGGAAGGAAGGUUCGGCUGUGUAGGUGCUGCAGUUUGUCUCGUUUUUCCCUACUCUUUUUUUAUUUUGCCCUCGCGAGACAACAUCUAGGACGCCACCAAGACACAUUUGAAUUCUCGGCUCUGCUUCUACAGCUUUUUUCCUUCCUCGUCUUCACCCUCGUCUCCUUCCUUCUCUUCCCUCGUCUGCUGGUUCUCCUCACGUUUCUUCCGCAUCUUCUUCUUCCGCGUCUUGUUCUUUUUCUCUCCCGUUUUUCGCGCGCUUUCCGCUCCAUUCUCUCCGCGUGCAUCCCCCCUUUCUGGUCCCGAGUCUGUUGUUUGUCGCGCGUUCUUCCUGGCGUUCUUCUGCCUCCCAGUUUCUCUCUCCUUCGACCUUCGGAGCGCCCUCUGCUUUUUUCUCACCAUGAGCGCCGCGCCCGCGAGCUCCGCUUCCGGGGAAGCGCCGAACGCUGCGUCGGGGAUAGCCGAGAUGGAGAAGAAGAAGAAGGAGUACGAGAACACUCUGCUUCGCCUGACUCUCUGCAAUGACGACCGCCUUCCGGCUGUCCUCGACAAGCUUCUCCCCAUCGCCUUCCGAGAGAUGGCCAGCUGUCCCGCGCAGCUCCUUCCAAAGGUCAUCGAAAUCGUGAACCACUGCCUGCACCGCUUGCGAGGGACGUCGUCGAUGCGCCUGCCUCUCUCGGGCCUGGUUGACACAUGGCUGGAGGCGCAGAGACGUCAGACGCCGGGACCGAAUGCGACGGUGAUGAAGAACGUCCUGCUUCUGUUUCUUUCUUUGGCCGUUGCGCGCGCCAGCGUCGAGGAGAAGCUGAAAGCUGCAGAGGCGCUGCUCGUCGGCUUGCCUCUCUUCUUCCCGCACACAUACGCAGCUGCUUUCGUGCUGUUCUGCGAGUGUAUAUGCAACGCAGAAACGUUAUCGAGUUUGAAGGAAAAGGCCAAGGCUCUCGCCGCGAACAAAGAGGUGAAAGGCGUCACAUUCGAAUGCCUUUCCAAGAUUCUCGCCGGGGCAGCUUCUUCCUCUUCCUCGAAGACGCCCCCUGCCACUCAGGCCUUUGUCCACGCAUCUGUCGAGUUUCUUCUUCUUCCUCCCAGCCUCCCGCAGACGCUCGCUUCCCUUCCGUCCUCCUCUCCACCGGCUUCCGCGACGGUCUCGGCUGCCUGUGCAAGGGUUUCAGGUGUGUCUUCAGACGCAGCCGAGGCGUGGAUGCAGCGUCUUCGCGGCAAGUCGCGCGAAGAGAUGUUGUCUCUGCAGACGCAUUUGGUCCGAUUCAUGAUCGAGGUGACUCGCUUCGCGCCUCUUCACGUAGUGGAGCAGCAGCGGCAGGAAGCGCAGCGGCAGGAAGCGCAGCAGCGAGAGGAGGCCGAAGCGACACUUGGAGAAUGGGCGAAAUCCGGCGUUUCUCCUGGACAACUCGGCGCACAACCACCUGCAUGCGCCGUGCCAGCGAUCAUGCUUGCGCCGCUCCUCGUCGCGUCUUGCCUCCCAUUCGACGUUCUCGCUUCCCCCGCAGAGACAGCAAUCGCUCGGCUGGGCGUCUCCGUCGACCGGGGGGACUCAGUGCUGUUGUUCUUCCUUUUCAAUUUGAUUUCCUCGCAGCCGAUCUUGCCCGGCUCUUGUGAGUCUUCUUCGAGUCCGAAACCAGAGUGUCUCUUCUCGGAGUCGUCUCGCCCCCCGCCGCCUGCGAAACUCCACGCAAAAGUUCUCCAGUUCCUCUCCAGCACGCGAGAAGCCGCUUCACUCCUCUACUGGAAACAUGUCCUCUCUGUCACCAUGCAAGUUCUCCUCCCUCCUCUCCUCUCUUCAUCUUCUUCCUCUUCUUCCUCUUCGUCCGCUUCUUCUGCUUCCUGGAGUGCUUGUCGUCCGGAGGUGAAAGUGAAGGCGUUGCAGUUGUUGCUGUCGUGCGUCCAGAGACAGGCUUGGUUUUCGGAGGAGGCACACAGCGGGGCGUCUUCACUGGAGGGAGAAGGAGACUUCGGAGAGGAAGGAGCGGACGAACAGAAUUCGGAGGAGUUUCGAAAAGAUGAGCAAGGCGGAGAGGAGGAGGGAAGAGCUCGAAGCUUCACAGACAAGGGAGAGGUGAGUAGCGACGACCGUCCUCAUCUUCAGACCUCGCUGCUGAAGCACGAAGACAGGAGGCUGCGGCCUCUCUCACCCGCGACUGAGAAACGCGCAUGCGCGCUCCUUCAGGCGCUUCUCUCGCUCCUCACCUGCUACGUCCGCGACACUGUCUCUCACUGGCAUAAAGCGAGGGAGAAAGGCGAUCCUCAGUCGCUCCACACAGAGCUGUCUCCAAGUGUCUCCUCGGCCCUCGCCACCAACCCGGGCGUCGCCCCCAGCGCAACGGCGGCGGCCGCGGAGGCGGCACAAGUGAAGGAACGAAAUGACCUUCUUCUUCUCACUCUCGAAAUCCUCGCUACGCUCACACGAGUCGCUCCGGCUUAUCCUCUCUCUUCUUCUUGCUCGUCUUCUUUUUCUUCUUCUUCUUUGGGGGAUUCUACUCGUCGUUGGUAUGGAGGUCGGAGCGCUGAGACUCUCGAGGCGGGCACAGACUCGGUGGACUUGCCUUUCGACUCCUCUCUGUCCAGCGCGUCUGCCGUGCGGUUCGCCUUCCUCCACGACGGAGUGUUGUCUCUUUCGUCUCUUGUUUUCCUUCUGCUUCGCGACUGCGCCCAGAGCGAGAAGUUGUGGGGAGAAGCGGCGCGCGUCUCUGGAGAGGUUCCCGCGUUGAAGGGGGGGCGAGGCGCUGCACGGAGAAGCAGUGCGUCGCUGCCUGCGCUCGUCCCUGCCCUCCUGCAGACGAUCGAAGGCUGCGGCGACUGGAUCGCCAGACGACGCGAGGGUGAAGAACGUGAGGGCAGGCAGCGACGCGCGCGGGAAGAGGCCGAGAGAGCGGGUGCGAGAAGAUGCGGACAUGCGUCUGGGCGAAGAGAACGCGAGUCUGCGACAAGAGAACCAGAGGACCGACGGGAGCAGGCGAGACGGGAGGCAUCGGAGAACUGGCUGGCGAGUCGCGUUCUGGAGAUCCUCGAUGAGAAUACGCUGUUCGUGCGUGACCCGGUGGCCUUCGCCGACAUGGAGACGCGGGAGAAUUCGAGCGGCGCAGCGGCGAGAUGGCGCGGCCUCGUCGGAGAGAAGACGCGACAGCCGGAGCGCGCGGCAGAUGCGGCAGAUGCAGACCUGGAAGACGCAGAAGAAACGAUGGUGACGGCGCGAAUUCGUCACGCUCUCGAACAAGAGAUCAUUCGGUGGAGCACCCGCAUCUUCCCUCCCGACCAUCCAGCCUUCAGGUUCUUCCCGCUGUUCUUUUCGACCAGCGUCGACGGAGCCACACGAGACCUCGCUGUCUCCAGAGGCGAACAAUUUCCUCGAAGUCAUCCAACGCUGAGAGCCUUUCUCGCCUUUGCUCUCCCGCGUCUUCUUCCUGGCUGCCUCCCGCGAGACCCCAGAGAGCACAUCCACUGCAGCUCUUCCACCGCUUCUGCGUCUUCUCUCUCUUUCUCGGACUCUCCCUCAGCGUCCGCAGAGUCUCCUUCUGCGCCUUCUGCUCUCACGAGAGUCUCGGGUCCUUCGAGCUCGACUUUUCUGCAUGUGCCAGCGCAUGCCGUUGGAGCUUCGCUGACGGCUCCGCAGUGGCAGGCGUGGAUGGCCGACUGGCAGACGGCGACUCGGCGCGUCCUAGGAGACCGCGACGCGGACCCCACAAGCCGCGCGCUGCCCACAGUCUCCUCCCGUCUCCUCGUCCCCUUCUGCGCCUACCUCCUCCGCCUUCAAAGGCGCAGCGCCGACCAGACGCUCCGCGGAAGUCGCGCGAAGCCUGCGGAGAGGGAGAACAAAAAGGAGGAGAACAAAAAGGAGGAGAACAAAAAGGAUAACGAAGAGCAGACCAGGAAAGUGGAGGGAAACUGUGGAGAGGAGCAGGAAUGUUGCGAGGGGCCUUCGGAGCGCGUGAAGCGUUUGUGUGUGGAGAGCAGAGAGAGCUGGGGGAAGGUUUCGAGUCCGUCUUCUUCUGCGGCCUCAUGCCAAGCGUCGCUGUGCCUGGAGCUCCAAGACGCCUUUCGCCUCCUCUUUCUUCUCCGUCUCCUUCUCUCGCGAGUCGACCAUCCCGGCUCGGAGGGGACUCUGUCUCUGCCGGAUCGCCUCGCAUCUGUCCGGCUGUACUGCGAGGGUGUCCUCGGCCUUCUCUACACUUUGCAGACGCGCAUGCUGCCCCAGUGGCUCUCCUGCGAGUGCAUGAAGAGUGCAUGCGCUUCAGAGGAACUUUCAGCUGGAUCGACGAACCAGUUCCGGUCGCCUGCCCCCGUGAUCCCCACCCCAGUGCGCCUGCUGCUUCUCCUCCUUCAGGCUCACUUCCCGCUGCUGCAGCGCGCCGCGCUCUUCGCAGAGAUCUCCGGAGAUUCCGAGCCGAGUCGGCUUGUCGACGGAGAAGGGGACAUCGAGACGCGGAAGCUGGUGGCGAAGGUCUUCGCGAAAACUGCGCAGCUCGUCCACCGCGUCCAAAUGCGAGAGAGAAGGAGACGCACUGCAUGCACUUCGGCGAGCGGAGAGUGCGAAUCCUCUGUUGAAGGGGAGGUUUCAUCUUCCUGCCUUGUGGCGCGGCCUUCUGGGUACCUCGUCGACAUGUUGCGCUACUUCCGGGGAUUCUUGGAAGGUGGAGACUCUUCUUCUUUCUCUCGAGGAAAGGAAACAGAAGACGGAUUUCAGGACGACGCGUCUGUUCCUGCCGUUUGCUCGUCUCUCCCGGACCUCGCGGCGGCGCUUUUGUCUCCAGAAGAACGCGACGGCGUGAGUGAAGAACUUCGGCUGAUAUUCGAAAUCCCCGAUGCAGCCCAGAACGCGACACGGGGGGCGCCUGAGGCCCUCGGCAGCCUCUUCGCUCUCGGCGAGCUCUUUGCAGUCGCAAGACGCUCUUCGCUUGAUAGCCGAAACAGAGAGAAGGAAGCGAGGGAGACUGAAGAGAAGAAGAGCGAUGAGAGGAAGGAGACUGUAAAGGGGAAGGACGGAGCGACAUCGAGUGACAGGGGACAUCGUGAAGAAGAGAGGCCGUCGAAAACGAGGAAUGUAGAAGACGUUUCGUCGGGAGUGUAUCCGGAGGAGAUUCGAGCCUGCGUCCGAGUCGUCGUUAGACAUGUGCUACGCUGGGGAGCAGCGUAUUCUGGGCAGGCGGUCGAGAGAAUGAUCGGAAUUGAAGGAAAAGAGAAAAGGCUCUUGAAGGCAUUCGGUGAAAAAAUGAAGACCCCAGGAAGUGAUAAAGUGCUCGAACGAUACGCUGCAGAGCUCCUCAGCGGCUCGCUCUCUGCCCUCGCGGACAUCUGCAUGCGCCGGACGUCUGCGGUUGCAUGCGUCCUCGUCGAGAUGCAAGAAGCGGGAGAAGAGCAGACAGACGGACCGAACGCAAGUCUUAGACAGGAGACGAAGGAGCAAAAUAAGAAAGAAGAGAAAGCUCUUCAACAUCUCGUUUCCUUCCUCGACGCAGUUGCUCGCCAUGCUCUCGCUGUCUCCGUCGACGAGGCGACUGGCGAUCUACGACCGCUCUCAACCUCUUCACAGCGGGCGGCGCUCGCGGUCUGCGGCUCCGCCUGGUUUUCUCUCGCUGCGAUUGGCGCGUUCAGCUCCCGAGACGCAGCGUCUCAGGGCCAGCAGUCGCGCUUGCAGACGGAGCGAGAGGCAGACGCAGAGAGAGAGGAAUCCAAGAAGCGCUUGCACGACGAGAGUCCUCGCUCCGACGCACAAGGUGAUGCAUCUGCAUCAGAUCCAGGAAGUUGCAGAACCACUGCAGGCGACUCUUCUUUCUUGUCUUCGUCUCCACCUUCUUUCGCCUCGGCUUCACUUUGUUUCUCCUCUUCGUCUUCUGUCGAGGAUGGCGCCAAGACUCCGACUGUGUUUCUGCGAUGCUUGGUUGCCCUGCUGAGGGAAGGUACCCAGAGGGCCGCUUUGAUUCGAGCGCACUUGGCCUUGACACUCAGCCGCUUCUUCGCAGCCGCCUCGCGAGCCUGCGCCGAGGAGAUUCUCCGUCAACUUCUCUUCCUUGGACUCCACGAGGCUGACGUAGCGUCACAACCUUCUUCCUCCUCUUCUUCCUCCUCUUCUUCCUCCUCGUCCUCUUCCUGUUCUCGAGAGGAGGUCGUUUUGACGCUUGGCUCUGGAGAGCAGGGCGUGGAGAGUGUUCGGUUGGGCGCCUUCUCCGCCGUCGAACUGGAGACUCUCGCAGGGACUGCAGGCCUCUGUCUCUCGUCGGUGUUGCUUCACAUCCCCUGGAAGCUCGCCCUGUUCCCCGCGUUUCUCGUUCCUCUUCAGCGCUGCUUCCUCCGCAUGGUUAGCCAGGCAGACGUCCUCGUCGGCGCGUCUGGGUGGAGGAACCUCAGUCGGUUGGCUGUCGUCACCGUGUUGGCAGAGACCCAGAGCAGAACAGGCAACGCAAGAGCCUGGAAACAGGAAGAAACAAACGACCCAGUUACAGGAAACCUAUCCUUGAAAGACAAGGCCUCCUCUUCCUCUUCCUCUUCGUCUUCGUUUUUCGAGGGUCUGCUGCGGGACUUGCUUCACUCUUUGCCGACGCAGAGUCGAGGGGCGAAUGUUCAGCACCUGCAGAUGCAAGGUUUUUCUCUCUCCUCUGUGAAGGAGCGAGAAGACAAGAAGUCUGGAGAAGCUGAGACUGCGUUGAGUCUCUGCUGCGCCGCGGACGCCUCGGCCGCAGCAGCGCGCCUGAAGCUUUUGAAGCAGCUCGUGACGACGGCGAGAGACCUGAAGAUCCCCGCCCUCGUCUACCUCCUCCUCGACCAGCCGCAAAAAGAGCAAAUGCUCUUUCUCCAAGGCCCUCUCCUCGACGCGUUCGACCUUCUCGGCAGCUUCAGCGCGCGAGCAAGUCGCCCCCAUGUCUUGGGCGCGACCAGGGAACAGACACGCGUCUCAGGAGACGCGCAGACGGGAGGCGAGGACGAAGGCGCCGAGCGGGAGAGGGUGGACGCGGAAGAGAAGAGCGAGCACCCGUUCGAAAGAGAGGAGUCAGUGGGGGACGGCAGCGGAGGAGACGACUGCGAAGAAGGGGAAGCAACCGAGGAGGAAGACGAAGCGAGCGAGUUGUCGCGAGACAAGAAGAUACACGGUGGAUUGGAGACGGCGGAGCAGAGUCUCGUUGAACACAUAUGCGCUUCAGCCUCCAGAGAAGCGCUCGGCGCCGGCCUCGCUGUCUUCAUCUAUCACAGAGACCCUCGGUUGCGGGAAGCUGCCGUGCUUGCCUGUCAGAGUCUGUUCGGCUUCGCCUCUGUCCCCGACUGCCUCGAGCAGGCGCAUGCACGAGACGAAGAAACUCGUGAGAGGAAGCGAAUGCUCCAACGAGUCUCUCGAACAGCUCCCUGCAGAGAUGCAGAGGAUACCGAAACAGCAGAAGCGCCCGAUGACGCAGGCGAAACGCAAGCGGAGAGAGAAGGGAGGACAGAGCGGAGUGGAAAGAACGCUGAGAGGAAGACGGAGGAGGAGAAAGGAGUAGAAAGCAGAGUCUUCGCGAGUCUCGCAAAGAGUUUCCUCGCCGCGCUUGAGGGCAGCGACCUGCUUCGCCGAGAAGCUGCAUGCAAGGGAGGAGCAUUUCUCUUCAAGUGGGCGCGACACUGGACCGAUGUGGAGGCGGUGUUGGAGCAGACGUGGAAGAGUUUGCUGCGGUGUAUGGACGACUUGUGCGAAGAAGUUCGGCUGGCUGCCGGUCCGCUCGCGCGAGCUGUGAAACUCAUGACCGUUCGCGCAUGCACGCCGAAGCUCCAGACCCAGCAGGCUGCCCAGGAAGCCGUUGAAAAGACAGUCCCGCUUCUCCAACAUCUCUGCGACAUCAACAGCAGCAACAAAGAGUUGCGGGUCUUUUUGCUGGAGUCUUUGCGCGCUUGCAUCUCGUCCUGCGGGCGUUCUGUGGGGCCAUGUCUCGUCACAGUGGUCCCCUUUUUGGUGGACGCGGUCGCGGCCUUCGAGCCGAGGGCGCUGUCGCACUACCAGUUCCACGCGGAGAGGGUGUUUGGAAUUUCUGCCUCGAAGUUCGAGCAACUGCGCGUCGACUUCAGCAUGGGCGGCGCCACUGCCGGCCUCCUGAAAUCUGUGGUUCGUUACAUGACUCCGGAGAUUCUGUCGAAGCUCGUCCCCGCGCUGCUUCAGCGUUUGCGGACGAGCGUUGGCUCUGCAAGUCGCUGCAGCGUCUGCAUGCUCCUCACCUGGACGAUCACCGAACACUGUGGAAGUGGAACAGGCGUCGUUCGAUCUUCCUCUUCGUCCUCGGCACUGGCUUGUUCCACCGCUCCUGCUUUGUGUGCGGCGCCUGGGAGGACUGAACAGAGCGCGGGAGGGAAGGGAGAAGAGAGAGGAGACGCGCAGUUCUCGAUUGCUCCGCAAGACGCCAAGAAGCUGCUGCGAGGCCUCGCGAGGUCCCUGACGGAUAACUCGCCCCCGGUGCAGAAGGCGGCCGCCACGGCGCUCGCCGCGGUUAGUCGAUUCGUCGGGGAUGACCAGCUUGGAGAGCUGAUUCUGGCGCAACUGCUGAAGCCUCUCGGGAGCGAGGUGGUGGAGAGCGGCGCGGCAGGCAGUGCAGAGGCGAAUCGUCUCGAGGCCCGCUUGGGUUUGGGGCGAGCUCUCCUCGAAGUCUGCAAACGCUGUUCAGAGCGGCUGAUGCUGCCGGCGAUUCGGGGGCGGAUCGCCGCACGCAGUUUCGUUCUGUCUCGCGGCGAGGCGAAGGGGGACGCCCAGGAAAUUUGGAGACAGCUUUUUGCGGAGGUGUCUGGCGCUUCGGACUGCGUAACAGUUCAGCGCUUUCUCUCCUUCAUUCUCGAAGAUCUGCGACUCUUGCUCGACAGCCCCUGGCGCGAGGACAAAGGCGACGCUGCUUGCGCUCUCCAGGCUGUCUGUCGGCUUCUCUCGCCGAUUUGGACAGACACAGGAAGGCGGAAAUGCGAUCCUGCGAGAGAAAGGAUUCCCCAGGAGGACGCGGAAAGUCUGUGCAAACUGCAUGCGCAGUUGACUGCGACCUUGUCUGCUUCUGCGGCCUUCGACGGCAUUUCCGCUCUCGCGUGUGCCUUGCUGGAUCUGACGGCCCUCCUUUUGACUCUUUUCGCUGCAUGCGCAGCUCCCUCCUUUUCGUUUCUCCUCGAAGACGGGGAACGCGCGAGAGCGCCUGGCGCCGUCGCUUCCGCGGCUCGCGACGGGGGCGCUGAGAAGAAGAGAGCACAGAUCGAGAGCGACGAGGAAGAGGCUCUCGCCGCCAAGAGCGAAGCUGCGUUUGCCGUGGUUUUUGCAAAAACGCGGAGAGCGAAGAACAAGCGAGACAAAGUCAAGGUGACUGAGCAUCUCCCUGAGUUUCUGCGUGCAGUUCCCCGCGAGUGGCUGCCGCGGCUCCCUUUUCCGGAGUUCCUCGACCUCGUGAAUGCAGCUCUGGAGGCGUUGGACCCAGCCAAGCAGUCCGCGAACGAGGCGGAGGAGAUCCAUGCGGGAGACGACGAGACAGAGACGCCGAAGAGAGUCUGGACCGUUGCGGCGAAAGACGAGGCGACGCUGGCGGCGUGCGUCCGCUCGCUCUACGUUCUCGUCUGUCUGGACUUGUGCGCCAGGGCGGGGCGUCUGCAUGCAGACGGAGCGUCAGACCUGCCGGCCUUCAGGGAACUCAGCGCCUACGGCUUGGAAGAAGAAGCUCGAGAACGCGCGAAGUCUCUCCAGGCGACGGAAGAGACAAAGAAGAUGGGUGCUUCUGUGAUCUGCGAGAAUCGCGAUUUUUCUUCCUUCCUCGCCUCGCCGGGGCUGCUGCCGGAGUGGAACCGACCAGUCCUGCAGCUGGCCUCUGCAUCCGAGGCCGCGUGCGACGAAGCUCGAGAGAGAGAAGAGAAAGGAGAAGACUUAAACAAACAAGCGAAGAAAGCGGAGCAAGAUUCACUGCCCUCAGACGGAGACACCGCAGGACAUCCCGGAUUCAAAGUUCUUCUCCAGAGACUGCGGGGCUACCGCGGCUGCUCCGUCCAGCUCACUGUCGAUCUGCUGUCUCUCACCAGGCAGGCGGUUCUCUCUCUGGCUGCUCUGCGUCUGCCGCUUCUCUCUGUCGGCUCGAAGGGAGACUCGUGGACUCCCGUUUUCGCUCGACUGAUUCGUCUUCUUCAACAGCGCCGAUUCGUCAGGCUUGCUCUCUCAGCCGCUGACCUCCUCGAAGCCUUCUGCGUGCACGCCUCUCUCCUCUCUGCUUCUCCGUCUUCUUCUUCUUCUGCUGGGGAGGCUUCUGCGUCCGCUUACGACUGGCCGCUGUACAGGCAGGCCUUGACGCGAGGCGAGUUUCUAGCCGAGGCGAGUGUUGUGAGUGGCGAGGAAGGAGACGCGUCUCUGUUGGCUUCGGGUGCAGAGACUGGAGACUUUGGCGAUCCGUUCGCCCCCAGCUUUGUCUCUUCCGCUUCGCUGUGGCAGCAGCUUUUAUUGGUUCUCUCCGACGCCCCCAGCGGCAGAGAGAGCCUCGAAGAAGGUCGCGACGGCGACGCGAGGAUUGCGAUGAUGUGCAAAAGACUCAAAGAGAAACUGAAAGUUCUCAGCACUCUGUAAUGUAGAUCUGCUCGGACGGGGCCUCGCUUUUUCUCUCGACUGUUUCUUCAGUCCGUUUCACUUUUUUUUCAUGCUCCCCAAGUUUCCCCUGAUUUCUGCCUCAAGGUUCUUUCAGACCCUCUCGCCGUCUUCAGAAGCUUCGAAGGAAUAUCCAAGGUCCCCACUGCACCGUCCCCACUCCACUCUCACUCUCCUUUCCUCUCGCCGGAUGUCUCUCUCUUUCUUUGUAUGUGUCGUCUCUCGCCAUUGUUUUUCGAGUCUCUCUUCUUUCUUCCAGAGCCGCCCUUUCCGUCUCAGUCACUUCCAGCCCGUCCGACUGUAUGCUCCGUUCCUGAAAGCGUUUUUUCUGUUUUGCAUCUUCGUCUUCGGUAUCGUCGCUUGCGCGAGAGUGCACUUAGAGGCAGUCUCUCCGGAGACAGAGAAGUCCUUGAGCAGCCAAACCGUGUGAGGACGAUGCAGAGCCUCAACCUUUCUUCUGCUCGCAUGCGCUUGCUGCUCCGCACCCCACAGGCCUCGACGCCUUAGAGAGUUGAAGAGAGAGCUGAAUCAAGCAGAGAAGUCUCCGAGAAGAAAUGUGCCUUCCACAUGUUCUGAAGGGUUCGAAGGACACCGGAACUUCAGCGAUAUAAACGCCUGAACGCCCCUCGACAGAUCUUCCAACAGCCUCUCUGGUCCCGAAUGAACAGCCUCGAGCCUCUGCCGGCAACUCUCGUAGAUGUGGACAAAUGGACGAACGAAGGCACGCAUUUCUUCCUAGCGCUGUCAUGAAAACGUAGUGCCUUUCUUUCUGCUUUCCAGUCCAAAAGGUUGAUUUUCCGACAAGCGUCGCAGACGCCGAGUCGGCGAGGAAUUCCAGUGCGCCUUCGAACGCCGAGUCGGCGAGGAAUUCCAGUGCGCCUUCGAACGUCUCCGGCGCCCUCGCAGCAGGCGGCUGCGUCGUGAGUCGCGAGAACUUGGAGAGUUUCUCACCCUAUUUCUCCACGACUCUUCUUCUGACGUGUAUUUCACCCAUGUAAAAGCUC